AUUAAUGUUGACACCCGAUUGGAAUAAUAUUAUUGAAAUGAGACAUGAGGAACGAAUCAGAGUCCAACGCCGUGGAAAAACUUACGUCAUGUAUGAAAAUGAAAACGAAAUUAUUGGAAAUCAAUUAACGAAAAACCAGGAAAAACGUCUUGCAAGUCAUCAACAAGAUGAAGAAUCUAAGACGGUUGAUGAGGAGGGAAUAGAUAACCUUCAGAAAGAACUGUCACCAGAGAUUUUUGAUUAUGUUGAUAAUGAAAACAUUGCUAACACAUACGACUCAGAAGUAUCAAUUAACGAAAAUAUACUAAGGAUAUCUGCUAUGAAUUUAGCAAAGCUGGACGAGUCCAAGUACUUUGGGGAAUUUAUUCCACAUUUUAUAAAGUAUAAAAAAUCCCAGCAAAAUAACUUAUUUUCGUGUACGAACGAUGACAUGAUGGAUAUUCGAGGAGAAAGCGG